UUCAAGACAAGUGCAAACGUAGCCUUCGCGAGUCGAGCUAUUCCGUUUGUGUAUUGAAACUUCCAGAACGGUUCGGUCUGGAGCGGCAGAGUUCCAGAACGAGCCCAAAUAGCGCGCGGAGCGCGCGGCGCUUCAGGUGUUGGAGCUGAACGGCUGUCAGUCGGUCAGGACCAGGUUGUGAUCCUCUCCUCACCACCCCGUAGAGAGACGCAGAAAGUGGUGUAAGGUAUUUGACAAAUUCGCUCAAAAUACCGAGUGAAUCACGGGCUGUGUCACUGAUUAGAUUAUUACAAUCAAAAUGGCUAAUUUUUCUCUCCUCGAAUUGAUUGCCCAUGGGACACUCCAACCGUCCCAAGUAGGUUACUGACGAAAUAAUUUGUUUUGUAUGGAGCCCCAUCUACUCUUUAAACACCAUGGACGUCGUUGAUUACCGGACGGACCUCAGACUUUCGGCGGUAAAGGUCAAGUGGUUUCAAGAUGUUGGCCGACAGAAGACUUCUGGAGAAGAUGACAACAUUUAUAAACUUGUCGAUGUUCAUCUCACCGGCGGGGCGCCAUGGGGAUUCACUCUGAGAGGGGGUCUGGAACACCGCGAGCCUCUUAUCAUAACCAAGGUGGAGGAGGGCAGCAAAGCUGCAGCAGUGAGUCUGCAGGUGGGAGAUGAGAUCGUCAACGUCAACACCAUCCCCCUGAGCGGCUCCAGGCAGGAGGCCGUCUGCCUGGUCAAGAGCUCCUACAAGAGCCUGGCGCUGGUGGUGCGAAGGAAGAAUCGCUUCAAGGGGAGUGAUGAACCAGUGUCACGGCCUCAUUCCUGGCACUCAGCCAAGUUGACGGAAGACCAACCAGAGCCCUCUGCCCUGAGCCAGCCUGAGCCCGCGCCCGCGCGACAGGUGAAACAUGAGGCUAGGCCCAGCUCCAGGUCUGGAGAUCCCACCAACCUGCGCCAGCUGUCCAGCCAGUUCAGCUCUGUGAGCAGCAUGGAGAGACUGGAGCGCCCCUUCCCCCAGGGUCGCCCCUCCCCCCCCAGGCUCAGCAGCCCGACGCCCGGCAAGAGAGACUCCAGCUUCAGCUGCUUCUCUGCCACCUCCAGCCCCCCGGACCCGCCCCCACCCAGCGCCAACAGCUCCAGCACAGAGAACAUCUUCUACAAGGGGCUCCAGAACGAGGCGGCCAGGCCGGGAGAGCGGCCCAGGUUCCUGCAGCUGCCCCUGGGUAACGGGGGCUGGGAGAGCCCCAGGGCCGAGGACCAGCCCGGGGCUCGUUUCUCCAGCUCGGGCCGGUCCAACAUAGGUCCCGUGUGGCACAUUCCAGAGGGGAGGAAAACCUCCCCUUCCUCAUCCUCCUCCUCCUCCUCGCCACCCCCACCCCCUCCUCUACGCAGCGACAGUUUCGCUGCCACCAAGGUCUUCCCCUACCCCGAGGGCCCGGGUGUGUAUGCCCACUCCAAGCUCCAGGGCAGGAGUAUGGACCGGCUGUCAGACCCCCACAGGGUCCUCCCCGCCCCCCAUCAGGAGGAACCCUCGGAGGCCAGACGCAGUUACAACCCCCCCCAGAAGGACUUCCUCCACCCCAGCGCAGCAGCGGAAGACCACAAACACGACCAUCUCAACCCCAACAAGCUGUUCUCCCAGUCCAGCGUAGACGUGAGGCAGAGCCCCUCGCCCUUCGCCCAGCCUCCCCACCACCAGAGGCAGUACAGCGACGAGACCACCUUCUACCUGCACACCAGGGUGGCCCCUCCGGCCAAGCCCCAGAGUGUGGGUAGUUACUACCGCAGCCUCCAGGACCUCCUCACCAACAGCCCCGGCCAGGCCAGGACCUCCACCGCUUCCCUGUCCACCUCCACCAUCGACCAGUACCCAGACCUCGGGGGCCACAUCAGGUACUACUGCAUCACAGCCAAGCAGCCGGGGCACCAGGAAGAGGCCCCUGUCUGGCAGGCCAAGGCAAACGGAGGAGGGGGAGGAAGAGGAGGGGGAGGGGGCUGGAGGAUGAACUCAGAAUCAAACCAACGCCUCGGUCACAACGACAAGAGUUCCUCCAGCACGCAGAUAGCCGGGAAGAUCAGGUACUCUCCGCCUCAACCUCCGCCGCCUCACGCCGACGGCAGGGAGCACAACGGACAGUUCAGACCAGCCAAUGGGCACGCGAUCUCAGGCCUGUCCUCCAAUGGCAAGGCCAGCUCGGAGGAGAAGGCGGGUCCGAGGAAGGGGCUCGGUGUGGAGACGCAGGGGAGGAAGUUGUCUCCCAGCGAGGCCAAGGUGAGCCCGCCCAGAGAGCUCCUGCAGGACCCCUGGCUGGUGCAGGAGGACCGGAGGUUCUGCCCCCAGAAGACCCCUCUGCUCCACAGCCUGGUCCAGGAGGGCAGGAGCCUGGUGGAGAGACCGCCGCCGCCCGCCGGCGAAGCCCCCGCUGAGCCCCCGACCGGCAAACUGGCCAGGCGCACCGACCGCUACGCCACCACCCUCCGCAACGAGAUCCAGCUGAAGAGGGCGCAGCUGCAGAAGAGCCGGAGCGCGGCCACCCUGAGCUGCUCCGAGCAGGCGGAGGACAAGACCUCCACCUCCUCCUCCUCAGAGGGUUCCUUCUCCACCUCCUACAAGGACCACCUGAAGGAGGCCCAGGCCAGGGUCCUACAGGCCACCUCCUUCAGGAGGAGAGACCUGGAGCCCCCCGGAGCCGAUCCUCCCACGGGGAAGCAAGGGUCCAGCAGCGGCCACGUAACUCGCAUCGGCGGCCGGAAACGUUUCCCCCUGAACAAGAGGAUGCACUCUUUCUCGGAGCCGGACCAGAUCAACAAGGUCGGGGUGGAGGGCGGUCCUCGGAUCCAGAACCCCGGCUCCUUCGUAGACCGACAGAGGUUCUUUGAGACGACCUCGGCCCAGCCGCCCUUCUCCAGACCGGCGCCGAAGCCGGGCCAGCAGGGCUCCGGUAGCGCCGGCGCGGUGGAGCCAGGAGAGGGCAGAGGUCGAGGGAGAACCCUGUCAGGGGAGGCCCUGGAGGGCGGGAGGCUAGGUCAUGUUGGGGAGCCUUCCUCCGGGCUCCACCACCAGGGCCCAGACCCCCUCAGCCCCCGCCGCAGGCAGGCCCUGCUGGAACAGCAGAGGCUGGGAACCUUUGCCGAGUACCAGGCCACCUGGGGCAUGCAGAGGAAGUCCUCGGACACUAGGACCCAGGGGAGGUACCACUCUGCUGAGAACAUUCUGGACCCUGAGGUCGAGGAGAAAUCUGUCUGUGUGCACGAGAGGUCACGCUCGUCACCUUCUGCGGACUUUUAUGGACAGAACCCUCCUGUUCCCUGGAGAGAAGCUGCAGACCAGCCUUCCCUGGAACACAGACGUGACCAGCCCUGCUACCCCCACAGAGAGCCUAGUGAGUGUGGAGGGAGAGAGAGGCUGGCACGGUCUCCCCAGAUCCCUGCCUCGUCCCCUCCCCCUGACCACGCGCUCCAGCUCAGCCACGGAGACAACGCCCCCACGCUCCCCACGCUCCCCCCGUGCCCCCACAACCACAUCCCCAGCCCUGCGUCCGAGUCUCCAGCCAGCCAGCCUCCCAAGAGCCUCCCCCCGCCACAGAGGCUGCACGUGGGCUUGGAAACCACAGCCUCCUCCCUGGAAUUCCUGCCUGACGCACAGGCUCAUCCAGGGCUCCGGUCCAGCCACCCAGACACCCAGCUGGAUCCUGCCCCAGCCAGGCGCUCCUCUCUGGGCUCCGCCCUGGCUCUCGCUCCCUGCCCUGGGAGGGGCUCUGGUCUGGAAGCAGGGAGACGGCCAGAGGCGGAGGAAGAGGAGGGGCAGAGAGGAACAACAGAGCCACCGCCCUCCUCUUCCUCCUUCGCUCCUCUCUCCUCCGAGCCUGCGACGCACAUGCUGAGAGCUCCCUCGUCAGACAGGGCGCGUUCCCCCUCGCCACACGCCGCUCCUCCUCCGAGCGAGGCUUCUCCGAGCGGGGCUCCUCCGAGGCGGGCGGACAAGGCUUCGCUCUCCGUGCAGAAUGAGCCUCAGACCAGGCCAGCCAGCAGGAUAGAGAGUGUGAUGGAGUCGUCUGGUCCUGGGAAGAAGGCUCCGGUGAAGGUCGUCCACGCUGACAGCAGCGAGGAGAGAGAGGGCCACCGGUCUCUGCUCCAGGGUCAUCAGGGGGGCCCAGAAGGUGUCGGCCCCCUGGGGAUCACCCUAGGCCCCCUGGACCUCCAAAAUCCUCUCCCCCAGCCCAGCUCCCAUGCCCUGGUCUGUGCCUUCACACGCCCCCUCAGCACACCAGAUACCACCCCUGCUAAGGAGGCCCUGUCUUGGGCCCCAGACCAGGACCAGAACCUGGACCAGGAGCCUCUGCCUGCCCUCCCUCUGUGCAUCACCGUCCUGGGCCGGCGCUGCGAGGAGGACCUGAAGAGAGAGGAGCUGGCCCGGGACAUCAUGGGCAGGGAUCGCUCCUUGGCUGACAUCCUGGAUCAGAGCAGGAUGAAGACCACCAUGGACCUGAUGGAGGGCAUCUUCCCCCAGGGACAGCAGCUCCUGCAGGGGACUCACCAGCGCAGGAAGGUGGGGCCCAAGCAGGCCUCCCCCAGGACCGCAGACAACAGGGAUGAGGAGGAGGGUCUGGGUGUGUCUGCCUCCGUCUCUCUGGUCCCCAGCUCCUCCUACUACAGCACGUCUGCUCCCAAGGCGGAGCUCCUCAUCAAGAUGAAGGGCAUGCAGGAGCAGCUGCAGGAGCCGGACGAGGAGGAGGAGGAGUUGGAGGCAAACCUGGCCAGCAAGAAGCAGGAGCUGAUUGACAGCCUGAGCAGGAAGCUGCGGGUGCUGCGUGAGGCGAGGGAGAGCGUGCAGGAGGACGUGCUGGACAACAACACGCUGGGCCGCGAGGUGGAGGCCACCGUGCAGCAGGCCUGCAGGCCCAACGAGCUGGACAAGUUCCGCAUGUUCGUGGGCGACCUGGACAAGGUGGUCAGCCUGCUGCUGUCUCUGUCGGGAAGGUUGGCCCGCGUGGAGAACGCCCUCAACAGCCUGGAGGAGGACGCCCCCACCGAGGAGAAGUGCACGCUGAUGGAGAAAAGGAAGCUGCUGAUUCGCCAGCACGAGGACGCCAAGGAGCUGAAGGAGAACCUGGACCGGCGGGAGGGCGUGGUCUACUGCAUCAUGGCCGCCCACCUCUCUCAGGAGAGCCUGGACGACUACCAGCACUUCGUCAAGAUGAAGUCGGCCCUCAUCAUCGAGCAGCGCAAGCUGGAGGAUAAGAUCAAGCUGGGCGAGGAGCAGCUCAAGUGUCUGACUGACAGCCUGCCUCUGGAGCAGAGGAUGCUGUUCUGAACCCUCAGAGCCUGCACAGCACUGGACUGUCCACUAGGGGGCGUCUGGGACCUGCACAGCACUGGACUGUCCACUAGGGGGCGUCUGGGACCUGCACAGCACUAGACUGUCCACUAGGGGGCAUCUGGGACCUGCACAGCACUGGACUGUCCACUAGGGGGCGUCUGGGACCUGCACAGCACUGGACUGUCCACUAGGGGGCAUCUGGACCUGCACAGCACUGGACUGUCCACUAGGGGGCAUCUGGACCUGCACAGCACUGGACUGUCCACUAGGGGGCAUCUGGGACCUGCACAGCACUGGACUGUCCACUAGGGGGCGGCCUGGAGCUGUAUUUCACUGGUCUGACCACUAAGGGGACUGACUCUGUGGCAUCACAAAAGAGGAGGGGUUGCUGUUUAAUCUCACAAAUUGGUGAAACUAAUUGAGAGAGUGUGUGUGUGUGUAUCAUGUUGUAUGUGUUUGAAUGAUUCUCUGGGACGUCCAGGGCCUUGGAUGAGGUCGACUGUCUGUUUUAUAUCAUUCAUGUGUUUAAUAACAGGAUAUGUUUUUAGUAAUUUAUUGUAGACUUUUGAAUAUUUCCAGAACAUUUGAAAGGGCCUGUGAUGCACCAUCAUACUCAACACACCUGGUUAACAGAAACACAGCUGUGUUUAUUUUCUUGUCAAGGUUUUGUGAAAAGAUACCCUGUUUUCCUGGAUUUCAAGAUGUCCUGGUUUUGAUCAGUGGUUGACAUGUGAUUAAGCAUAGUGACAUAUUGGCUAACUUGUAUAUAUUUAUAAACACACACCCUUAGACCAUGACACAGCAACAUUUGUGUUACAUCACCUUUAUUUCUGCCCUGACGAAAUUCCUUUUUCUAUUUCUGUCUGUGUAAAGGGAUUGAUUUUCUGUCUGUUAUCAUAAAUGAGAAAAAGGAAUUUGAAGGGAGUCAGGUGGCUGAGCGGUGAGGGAAUCGGGCUAGUAAUCCGAAGGUUGCCAGUUCGAUUCCCGGUCAAGCCAACUGACGUUGUGUCCUUGGGCAAGGCACUUCACCCUACUUGCCUCGGGGAGAAUGUCCCUGUACUUACUGUAAGUCGCUCUGGAUAAGAGCGUCUGCUAAAUGUAAAUGUAAAUAAAUGAGUUUAAAGGUCAUUGUACAGAUGUAAUGGCUUUGUGAGCCAUAUUGCGAGUUAGCAGCACUUUAGCCCUGAAUGUCCCCUGGACAGAGCCCUAACCCAACAUGUGCCUGGGCACCUAACACCGGGAACACCACAGACUAGUAUGUAAGUGUGCACUUGUAUUACAUUACGGUGUAAACCCAUACACGCAGUGUAUUCUCAUCCAUUUGAACUCGAUUUGAAAUCAAUUUAAAAUAAUAAAAAGGUUUCUUGA